AUGGGAACCCUUUACCAAUCCCCCACCAUAUCUACUUCUCCCAAGAUCAUCCAAGACCUCAAAGUCACCAUCCAUGACUCCAUCACCAUUUUCCCACCUCAAGAAACCAAAACCGAGGCGGGAUCGAUGUUCUUAUCGAACAUCGAUCAGGUUCUCAAUUUCAACGUGGAAACGGUCCAUUUCUUCGUUGCAAACCCUCAGUUUCCGCCACCAUUGGUGGCAGAAAAGCUGAAAUCAGCGCUUAGUAAAGCGUUGGUACCGUAUGGUUUCUUGGCGGGACGGUUGAGGUUGAACCCUGAAUCGCGACGGUUCGAGUUCGACUGCAACGGGGCAGGAGCCCAGUUUGUGGUGGGUUCGAGUGAGUUCGAGUUGGGUGAGAUUGGUAACUUGGUGUAUCCCAACCCUGGGUUCAAACAACUAGUGGUCAAAAGCUAUGAUAAUUUGGAUAUCGUUGAUCGACCAUUAUGCAUUUUACAGCUUACAUCCUUCAAGUGUGGUGGUUUUGCGAUUGGUGUUGCGACAAACCAUGCGACUUUUGAUGGCAUAAGCUUUAAAAUCUUCUUAGAAAAUCUUGCUUCUUUGGCUGCCGAUAAACCUCUCGCCACCGCUCCGUGCAACGACCGCCACCUCCUGGCGGCACGAUCACCGCCACACGUCCAAUUCGACCACCCCGAGCUGCUCAAGAUCCCGGAAGGAAUCGACCUCCCAAACCCUACGGUUUUCGAUUGCCAAGACGAACUCGACUUCAAGAUCUUCAAUUUGACCUCGAAAGACAUAACCCACUUGAAGCAGAAGGCGAAAGACGAACCCAUUCCCACCCGAGCCAAAGUCACGGGGUUCAAUGUGGUUGCAGCCCAUGUCUGGCGGUGCAAAGCGUUAUCCUCCGGAACCGAUUACGACCCGGAUCGGGUUUCCACCAUCUUGUAUGCCGUCGACAUCCGCUCACGGCUCAACCUACCGCAUUCGUUCGCCGGCAACGCGGUGCUCAGCGCCUACGCGUCCGCGCCCUGCAAGGAGAUUGAAAAAAGCCCGUUUUCGAAACUCGUGGAGUUGAUGACUGAAGGCGCUAGCCGAAUGACGGGCGAAUACGCACGGUCCGUGAUCGAUUGGGGAGAAGUGAACAAAGGGUUUCCGGCCGGCGAGUUUCUGAUUUCAUCAUGGUGGCGAUUAGGGUUCACGGAUGUGGAGUAUCCAUGGGGGAAACCGAGGUACAGUUGUCCGGUGGUUUAUCAUCGUAAAGAUAUCAUUUUACUGUUUCCGGAUAUCGUUGGCGAAAGCGAUAACGAAGUGAAUGUGUUGGUAGCUUUGCCGAGCAAAGAAAUGGCGAAAUUCGAGGCCUUGUUUCAUAAGUUCUUGGCAUGAUCGUGCUACGAUCGCUAAACGGAUGCAGGUAAUCCGGCAAUGUGAAGUGUUUGAAAGUAUGUACACCCGGUUUUCGAGCAUAUAUACGAUAUCGUAAUGUAUUUCAAACAUGUAUGUAUGUAUGCACGUAUGUAUGUAUGUAUGUAUGCAUGUAUGUAUGCACGUAUGUAUGUAUUGUAUUUGUGUUGGACAUCAACAACUCAAGAUAUAUAUCAAUUUGUUUAUGUGC